AUGGACCAGACUUCUGAAGUUGUGGAAGAUGGAUCGGAUUUGAACUUCGAUGAAACAGUGGCCGGGAUUGAUGUUUCUGGAAUCAGAAGAAGUACUCGCGUUCACGUUCCUACUGAAAGAGGGUUGGAUUAUCAGCUCCCUCUUUGGAAAAAGAAUUACAAUCAAUGUAAGAAGAAAUUAGAAGAUAAGCUAAACGCUCUAGAUAUGAGUUGGACGGAGCUGUCGGAUGCAGAGGCUUUGAGAAAAAAGAGAACGUUUAUAGAAGAUUACAAAAAGGCCCUUACGGAGGGAUCCUCGGAGUUCGUGCUGCUAUUACCUAGCGAAUAUGCCAAUGAUGUGGCUCGUGAAACAGAUUACUUGAACAGGCAAGCAGUGGAGUUGAGGAAAAGGAUUGGCGAAAGGAUUUUCGAACUGGAAAAGGUGGAAUUGCAGUCGCGUUGUAGUGGAAAAACGUCAUCCUCCAUGAAAAGUAGUCGUUCUUCAAAGCACUCAAGUGCCUCUCAAAUUUCUUAA